AUGUCCACAGUAGAGAAAAAGGAGGCCGAGGCAGGCCCUGGCAUCACCAAAGUGUCUGAAGCCUCAGGAAAUGGAAACUCACUUUCUCUAACAUCAUCUAAAGUUUGUGAGGCAAGUGAAACAGUAGUGUUUCUAAAAAGUUGCCAGUCAGCAAUUAAUAUUUGCAAGGAGGUCGGUGGCGCCCGGCGCCUUAGGCGCCUCGGGGCGCUGUUGUGCGAUGCUGCCACCCACGAAUUAAAACCCACUCCGAGCUCAAGGACCUUGCUUCCCCUGGUGGCUAUGCAGCGGCCUUCCUCGGUCUCAACACUGGGCUUGGCCUACCUGUCCCUCGGCGAGACACAACUGGAGGAGCGGGCGCAGGGUCUAACAGACCAGGGUCGCCCAAGGGCGAGCGCAUCAGAUCAUACUGGUCCCAAGUUUGACACCGAUGUAUUGGUUUCACUUCUGCGGCAAGAAAAUGAAAAAGACAUUUGUGUAAUCCAGGUUCCCCCCGAGAUGAAAUACACAGAAUACUUCGUGAUUGGGAGUGGAACCUCUACCAGACACUUAAAUGCCAUGGCCAUCUAUAUUGUGAAAAUGUACAAAUACUUGAAGUGUAAAAGUCAUCCUCAUGUUAAGAUAGAAGGAAAGGACACGGAUGACUGGCUUUGCAUCGACUUUGGCAACAUGGUGAUUCAUUUGAUGCUUCCUGAAACCAGAGAAUUCUAUGAAUUAGAGAAAUUAUGGACUCUGCGUUCUUAUGAUGACCAGUUAGCUCAGAUAGCACCUGAGACGUUACCUGAAGACUUCAUUCUUGGAAGAGAAGAUGACACUUCAUCGCUGACUCCAGUGGAGUUCAAGUGUGAAUGA